AUGGCGCUGCCAAUGACGCAGCUGCUGAGGGCUGCGAAACUGCGCGCGGGCGGCCAGUUGACGCAGAUCGUGACGUGCAACCCCAAGAGCCUGGAGGACGCGCUGGUGAAGCAGUUCCAGCAGCUCGGCGAGGCGCUGGGCGUGACGGAGGUGGGGGAGGCCAUGGCCCAGCAACACUACAGCAGACUGCAGCAGUUGAAGGAGCAGGAUAGAGUAUUUGUAGAUAGUAAUGGUAGGAAAGCGAAGGUGUUGAUGGUGGAGUGGCUCGAGCCGCUGUUCCUCGGCACGGAAGGCUGGAUGCGGGAGAUCGUGGAGGCCACGUGGUGGAGGACCUGGAGGAUGGGGGAGAAGUGGACGUGGUGGUCGUGGCACUAUCCAGCCACGGGUUACUCCGUUAUGGCAGCGUACAUCUUGACGGAGCGGCAAGUUUGCUGUGGCAACGGGUGCCGCCACUGCCCCUACGGCCACGCGAACGUCAAGGACCCGUCUCGGCGCAAGAACGCCCUAGCUGGUAAUGUUUUCCUGCAGCCGCGUCGUCGCUCACGCGGUUUCGCGAAGGGAUCCCCGGGUGGCCAAAAGCUCUGGCCCGAAGGUGCUGACGCUGGCUCUGACGCGCAGAACGACCUUGUGGUCAUGUUUUGGAGUGGCGGGAAGGACUCAUUCUUGGCGCUGGGUGCCUUGUACGAGUCUUACGCUGUUGAACAGAAGCCUAUGCCUCGCGUUGUGCUGCUUACAACGAUCGACCCGAAGACAAACGUCGUCCCUAUCCAGGACAUCCCCUCUCAGACUAUUGCAGCUGAAGCCGAAGCUCUGGAACUUCCUUUGUGCCUAGUAGCUGUGGGACUGGGAGACGAGUACACGGCUGCACUGAGGAACGCACUCCGCGAUAUUCCGGAGCAAAUGAAGCGAACGAAGAAGUCCAGCAAGAGCCCCGAGCAGAACGGUACGACUCCGAGCGUUUCUGCCCUUGUAUUUGGCGACCUUCACCUGGACGAUAUCUCGAUCCAGCAGUGCACGCCUACAGUCAAGAAAACAGUACUUCAGUAU